CUUUGAUAGAUCUUCUAGAAACAAGCAGCAAAGUUACAGUCACACAAUUUUCAUCUUAAGAGUGUGUGAAUGAACUCAAAUUGCUCUAUCUGCAAGAAAUUCUGCUUCUUUCUUGUUAAGAAGAUGUUUUGCAGGUGUGACUGUGAAAGUAGCUAUCUAUCAAAAGUCACUUGAUCUGAUUUAUGUUUUAAGUAAUUCACAGUGUGAGAUUUGCCAGACAUGUGAUACAUGCCUUAGUAAUAGGAACACAAAGUGACAAGCAUUGUAUUCAAGUUACAAAAAUGUGAAGAGAAGCUGUAAGAGCGGUUUCUAAAGCCAACAAGGACAGGGCAGCUGUAUUUCUGUCUGUAAUUUCCCAGGAGCAGAAUCUGCAGAUGUACUAUGCUGAACUGCUAUUGCAUGCUGCAGUGGAAUUGCCAGGUGACAACUGGAAGCAGUGUUUGAGCACCAGAUGAGAAGGUGCAGCUAACUCCAGGAGCUCAGGUGCAAGCAAUGCACCUGUGUGAUUGGAAGGAGUGGAGUCUGGAUCCAUCCCCUCCUCAUCCUCAUUAAAUAUUUAGCAGCUGAGGGGGGUAGUAUCUUUUUGGGCAUAGAUUGUGCUCUUCUUGAGCUGUCUCUGGCCGUUAAAAGGGAUAAUGUCACCAAUGUCGCUCAGGAAUCCCUUCGUCUUGACAAAAAAGAGGAUGUGCCAAUAGGAGUAGGACUUGCUGUGUGGAAAAUCCCAGUACAAACGUACUUAACAACUUAGCUCCUGGUGCUGCUCAGACUGAACGUCUUCAACAUAAAAUCAAACACAACUGCCUCAGUGACUCGUGGACAAGAGAAAGGACAUGAGAGACAAAGCCCACAAUGGCAGAGAUUUUCGUGAAAGGUUUGGUUGAACCCUACGUGACUCUUAAAUGCUGAAAGCAGAAGGCCCUAAUUGGUGUAGCUCAAUUUGGAGCAAAAAAUAAUUUUAAACUUCAAAAAUAAUUAUGUCAAAGAAAGGUCGUGCCAAGGGAGAUAAGCCCGACAUGGAUAUUGAAGCUCUGCAAGCUGCUAAUGAGGAGCUACGAACUAAACUAACCAACAUUCAGAUAGAAUUUCAGCAAGAAAAAAGCAAGGUGGGUAAAUUGAGAGAGAAAAUCCAAGAGGUUAAGCAAGAAAGGGAGCAGGAGCAGCACAAGCACACGGCCUACGUUUCUGAACUGAAAGCUAAGCUCCAUGAGGAGAAAAUGAAGGAGCUUCAAAGUGUCAGAGAGCUGCUGAUCCGACAGCAUGAGCAGGAAGUGGCGAGAAUGGUGAAAAUUAAAGACAGUGAAAUUCAGCGUUUGCAGUCAACAGUCAAUGUGCUGCGGGACGGGGCAGCCGACAAGGUGAAGACUGCGCUGCUGAGUGAGGCGAAGGAGGAGGCCCGCAAAGCGUUUGACAGCGAACGAAUGAAGUUGCAACAGGAGAUCUUGGAGCUGAAAUCUGGUAAAAAGCAGCUUGAAGAAGCUUUGAACAACAUCAUGCAGGCGGAUAAAAUGAAAGCUGCCGACCUGCGCAUGGCUUACCAAUCACAUCAGGAUGAGAUUAAUAGAAUAAAGCGUGAAUGUGAGAGGGAUAUCCGCAGGCUGAUGGAUGAAAUCAAAGGCAAAGAUAGAGUGAUUCUGGCUCUGGAAAAAGACCUUGGCAUCCAGGCAGGACAUACACAGAAACUCCUCCUUCAGAAAGAAGCUUUGGAUGAGCAGCUCGUCCAAGUGAAGGAGGCAGAGAGGUACCACAGCAGCCCCAAGAGAGAACUUCCUGCAGGAGUGGGAGACAUCACCGAGUUGAUGGGAAGCCCGGAGCAGCAUUUGGAUGAACGAGAUGUGAGGAGAUUUCAGUUGAAAAUCGCUGAACUGAAUGCUAUGAUAAGGAAGCUGGAAGACAGAAAUACUCUCUUAGCAGAUGAAAGAAAUGAACUGCUGAAACGUUCUCGGGAGACAGAAAGUCAGCUAAAGCCUUUGGUUGAAAAAAAUAAGAGGAUGAGCAAAAAAAAUGAUGAUAUGAUGCAGUGCAUCCAGAGAAUGGAAGAAAAAAUUAAAAAUCUAUCAAGGGAAAAUGUAGAAUUGAAAGAGAAAUUAUCUGCACAACCAGUGCUGAAGAGGCACACAUCUUUAAAUGAUCUUAGCAGCACACGGGAUGAACAAGAAAUUGAAUUUCUUCGACUGCAAGUCAAAGAAAAGCAGCAUGUUAUUGAUGAUCUCACAGUGGAAAGGGAACGACUAUUACGAUCUAAAAAACAGAAGAAGAAAAUUCUGAAGCCUCAAAAGAGGCAUGUUGUGGAGACAUUUUUUGGAUUUGAUGAAGAAUCCUUAGACUCAGAAACAUCAUCUAUAACUUCAUAUAACACAGAUAAAACAGACAGGACACCAGCAACACCAGAGGAAGAUUUGGAAGAUAGCACACCUAAAGAAGAGGCUGAACUAAGAUUCUGCCAGCUAACAAGAGAAUAUCAAGCUUUGCAAAGAGCAUAUGCAUUGCUUCAAGAACAAGUUGGUGGAACUCUGGAUGCAGAGAGAGAAGCAAGGACUCGUGAACAACUGCAAACUGAUCUUCUCCGAUGUCAGGCAAAAAUUGAGGACCUGGAGAAAGCACUAAUUGAGAAAGGCCAGGAUUCAAAAUGGGUAGAAGAGAAGCAGUUGCUAAUCAGAACAAAUCAGGAGUUACUAGAGAAGAUUUACAGAAUGGAACAAGAAGAGCAGCAGCUGAAGAACGAGAUGCAAGAUGCAAAAGACCAGAAUGAGCUGUUAGAAUUCAGAGUGCUAGAGCUUGAAGAGAGAGAACGAAGGUCACCAGCAUUUAAUCUUCAUUUAACCACCUUCCCUGAAAACAAUGGAAGCGCGCUGCAACUGUUCUGUCAACAUGAAGGAAUAAAGGAUGUGAAUAUAUCAGAACUCAUGAAGAAACUAGAUAUUCUUGGAGAUAAUGGGAAUUUGAGAAAUGAAGAACAGGUUGCAAUAAUCCAAGCUGGGACUGUACUUUCUCUCUGCGAAAAGUGGUUAAAACAGAUAGAGGGGACAGAAGCUGCACUGACACAGAAGAUGUUAGACCUGGAGAAUGAGAAGGACCUGUUCAGUAAACAGAAGGGUUAUUUAGAGGAAGAGCUCGACUACAGGAAACAAGCACUGGACCAGGCAUACAUGAAAAUCCAGGAGCUGGAAGCCACGCUGUAUAAUGCCCUGCAGCAGGACCCGGGAAGGCGGGCGAGCGAAUCGCUGACUGAAGCCCAGAGGGAGGAUUUGCGGGCUGCUGUGGAGAAGGUGCGGCGGCAGAUCCUGAGGCAGAGCCGUGAGUUCGACAGCCAGAUCUUGCACGAGCGAAUGGAGCUUCUUCAGCAGGCCCAGCAGAGGAUUCGAGAACUAGAAGAUAAAAUAGAACUUCAAAAAAGGCAACUCAAAGAAAUUGAGGAAAAGCAUUCAUUCUGUGGCCUUGAUGACACAACUGAGCCAAGACAUGUGGUUAUUAAAAGAACCUAUGGAGUGAACAGCUGAGUCCACAUGCAAAAAUAUAGAAAAUAUUUAUUGAGCAGCUUUAAAUUGGUGCAUUUUUUCAUAAAAGUGUUUGCAUAAUACUUGAAGCUGCAAAAUAUUUGGACUUAUAAUUAGAGUUUUUUUAAAUCUAUAGCUUCAAGCUGGAAUGAUUUGAUAAUCAAAUAGGGACCAGCACAUCAUACACACUGAAAAAAGUAUAAAGAGAAUUUACACUUACACACCAAUCAAACACUGGAAAAAAAAAAACAAGUGCAAUUACUGGAUGCUAUGUGAACCGUUCUCUACCAAAUAGUUUUCUUACAGUACUGAGAUCUUUGUCUCCAUACUGCAUGCUUUCAACAAAUGUCCUUUGCAUUUCACGCAGGUAACACAAAAUCUCCUUUUUAGUAUCCAUAUAAAAAAGAUAAGUGUUUGACAAUAAAUUCUCUGUAGUAAAUAUCUGACAGGUUAAAAAAAAAAAGAAAAAAAACAAGAAAAAAAACAAAAACUGUUCUGUGUUGAAAACAAAGAGAGAUUUAAAGCCCCACAGUGACAAAAUUCAUAUUAAAUUCAUAAGUUGGAAAUUCACAAGUGGAGUAGAUGUAGAGUUUGGAGAAAAGGCAGGAUGUUCGAUUGAACUAGAAGAUCUUGGCAGUGGGUAAGAACUGCAUGGUAGGAGUGAAUUUUUGAACGUUCCUAGAAAAUUAAGGCAAUAAUUUGUGAAGAUAGCCCUGGGAGAAUGGAAAAUCAUGAGAUGGACUGAGAGGUCAGGAAAACAGAAUGCAUGGUGUGCUGUCCUCAAUUAUCUCUUCAGGAAGAAAGAAAGACUUGAAGAUAUGGGUGUGUAGAUGAAUGUGCUAAGCAGAUAAGCAUUUUAAAAAACUAUCUGGGAAAAUUUUAUUCUCACAAAAGAAAGUUGACAUUAGCGACCAGGAAGAAAAAAUGGCACAAUUGCAGCCAGCAGAGCUGGAUAUACACAGUCGAGGACAUUAACCACCUGAACUGCAAGAAGAACUCCUUGUGAAGCACAGAUUGAAAAAAUGAAAGUUAAAAGCAGUUGUUUAAGAUGGAGAACAGUAAGAAAAAUUCAAGAAGGUUGGGUUUUUCUUUCAAGAAAAGGAAAACAGUUUGCUCUUUCAGGGCUGGAGGGACAUUGUGAAGAAAUAGGUAAUUUUGAUUAUUCUGGAAUGUAGAGGCAAGUUGACAAUAUUAUUAAAAGCACAACAUUUAAAGACAACUUUCUCCUCAGAAUUUUAUGGAAAAUCUCUAUUUAAAAAGGGCUGUGUAGAAAACGACAGAGGGACAGGUCUGCUUCCAUGGACAUGCUGAACUCAAACACGAAAGUAGAGUGGAAUAAGAUGGUUAUGGUAAUAUAUUGGAUAAAGUGAAAGUUAUAAUUAAAAAAAAAAAUAAGGCAAGGAACCAUCAAGGCAACACAAAUAAAGCUGAAGAACAGAUUUAUCUUAGCAACUGAAUAUCUCCCUUUUGGAGCAGCAGGAAGAAGCCAGCUCUCUCAAAUCUUUGAGGCUCUGAAGUAAGAUCAGAGAUGAAAAAUCACCAGCCAAGAUGAUUUACCUGCUGAAGUAGCUGGAGCACUCAACAACAUUUUUUCAGUCAGAUGUCGUAAACUGGGGAUCAUUUGAGUGUCUGAAAAUUCCUCUUUCCUGACAUGAAGCACAACAAAAGUUAGAAACUUCAGAGUUUCCUUUAGAGAAAGAAUUUGUUGCUCACAGUGUUUGGUUCAAAAAGGAACAAGCAUUCACAGAAUGUGUUUGCAAAUUUCAUGUUUUAGUUAAAACUUUUUAGCACUGUGAUAACUGAAUGUGGAAAGAUUAGCUCUUUACUGCAAAAGGAAAAGUUUUGUCUUUAGUCUGAAGAGAGACCGUAACAGUGGUAAUCAGAGCUUUGGAUAACCAAAACAGAAACUGACAGAAAUUGGGAAGAGAUUGGACUGACUUGGGGAAGAAGCGCUCUUCUACCAGACGUAGCUUUGCUCCUCACUUAUUUGGAAAUAAAACUGGAAGCAUAGACAAAUGAUCACCCAGCACGUGACUGCAACAUUAAGUGCUCUGCAAAGACAGGAGUUGGUCUUGUUACAAAGCAGAAAAGGAUUUAGAAGAUGCAAGCAUACCUGAUGAGCAAGAAAGAAGUGCUGGACAAGAGAAUUUGAACCUCAGAAUAAUAGAGCUGGAAAAAUUGGAGCAAACACUGAAACAUACUUUAGAGGACUACAUCGAGUCAGAUUCUGUGCUAAGAAAUAGGAUGAAAGAGCUGGAGCUGUCACACAAAACACUUCUUGUAAUGAUUGAUCAACUAAACAUGAAAGUGCACCAUUUUGAAAAUGCAAAUAUGCGUGUUAAAGGGAAACUGAGAGAAGUUUGGGAGGAGCUGCUGAGCUUGGUUGAAAACCAAGAGAAGUCAGAGAAGAAACAAAAGGAGAAAUUACAUUGGCUUCAGGAGCAGCUGAAGACAAAAGAAAAUGAAGUAAAAAGCCAAUCUGUGUAUUUUGAGCACUACAAACAAAGGCAGAAGCAACAGACAGCAGUGCUGAGAAAAAGGGAAUGUUACCUUCGGGGUGAGGUGUUUAGACUGGAAAAGCAAGUGCUAGAUCUCAGUGCCCAUAUUGCUCUUUUGACAUCUGAGUUAGGAGAAGGAAUGGCACAGUGUCUCCAUAAGAAGCUGGAAUCAGCAUCCAAAGGCACACAGAGCUAUAAGCCUUCUAAUAUGCAACUCACAGAAUUGAAAAACUCUAUUGGAAAUGUGGAGCAUGACAUGAAAAGCCACUUUGAGUCAUUUCAGAAAAAUCUGAAGUUCUUAAGGGAUAAAGAGGAGGACAACAGAAGAGAAAGAGCAGACCUGCUGACUCAGCUCCAGUGCUCCCAGGACACUGAAGACUUUCUCAGGAGAAAAUUGGAAGAAUCUUGUCAUCAUGUUUAUAAUCUGAAACUAUCUGAAAUCAAACUACAGGAACAAGUGAACAAGCUUUUGGAUGAAAACAAGUCUUUAAAAUAUCAAGCUAGGGUGAGGUUAAAAAAGAAAGAAGAAAAGGGCUUGCAGCUUACAAGAACAGAAAGUACAGACAACAGUGCUGACCUGAGCAGAGACCUACACCAGCAAGAUGUUCAAAACCAGAAAAGGGGAGCAAUCUCAGAUCAACAGAGAAGCAGAGCUGCUCAAACUCCAGUUGUGCUGCUGCAUGCCAUGG